CUUUACAGAAAAUCCCAAAGCUUUCUGAGGGAGUCUUUGCCUGUGGUGCAGCUAAAAACGGUCAGGAGUCAGUUCCCCCUUUUUUCCAGUGCAUUAAAGGGGAUUAUGAGGAAGUAUAAAAUGAACAUUUUUGUGGAUUAUCAUUUCACCGAGUCUAAGCCAUUUUGAGACAGUUAAUGCUGGCGAUGAUCACUGAAGGAUUACAUUUUCCAUGUUAUGGCACAUUGCAACGGACCUCAGCUGAUCAUGCCUCUGAUAUUUAAACAUUUGGAAAGACGGGGUUCAAAAGGGCCCAGUUGUUCGAACUCCGGCUACGAGAAGGCUGAUGAUGAGAUGUCUGGAACCACAUCUACAGAGCUGGACACCACAACCCGCGUUAUUAACAUCAACCUGCCUCAGAUAAAUAAAUUCUGUGAUAACCAUGUCAGCACGGCAAAAUACAGUGUGGUGACAUUCCUGCCCCGGUUUAUGUAUGAGCAGAUCAGAAGAGCUGCCAACGCUUUCUUUCUCUUCAUAGCCUUACUACAGCAAAUUCCAGAUGUCUCCCCAACAGGAAGGUACACCACUCUGGUGCCACUCAUCUUCAUUCUCACAGUCGCUGGGAUCAAAGAAAUCAUUGAAGACUAUAAAAGGCACAAAGCCGACAACACAGUCAACAAAAAGAAGACCAGAGUUUUAAGAAAUGGCAAGUGGCAGACCAUUAUUUGGAAAGAGGUGGCGGUGGGAGAUAUUGUGAAGGUCACCAAUGGACAGCAUCUCCCAGCUGAUAUGAUCGUUAUCUCCUCCAGUGAGCCGUUCGGAAUGUGCUACAUUGAAACCUCAAACCUGGAUGGAGAAACAAAUCUCAAAGUACGACAGGGUUUGGCCAGCACCAUCGGUUUACAGAGCACGGCGGAUUUGGUGAAGAUGUCCGGGCAUUUGGAAUGCGAAGGACCGAACCGUCAUGUCUACGACUUCAGCGGCAACCUUCGACUCCGGGGAAACAGUCCUGUCGGUAUAGGACCUGACCAGAUCUUGCUGAGAGGAGCUCAACUAAGGAACACGCAGUGGAUUUUCGGCAUGGUGGUCUACACUGGGCACGACACAAAGCUAAUGCAGAAUUCUACCAAGGCCCCUUUGAAGAGAUCCAAUGUCGAGAGGGUCACAAAUGUGCAGAUCUUGGUUCUUUUCUGUUUCCUGCUUGUCAUGUCUCUGAUCAGUGCUGUGGGAGCUGAGAUUUGGAACAAGAAGCAUGGCACUUCUGACUGGUACAUGAACUUAACCGAUAAUCUUGCUAAUUUUGGAUACAAUCUGCUUACCUUCAUCAUUCUGUAUAACAACCUCAUUCCCAUCAGCCUGCUGGUAACACUGGAAGUUGUCAAGUUCAUCCAAGCUCUCUACAUCAACUGGGAUGUUGAUAUGUACCACGCGGAAAGUGACACGCCAGCAAUGGCCAGGACCUCCAAUCUGAAUGAAGAGCUUGGCCAGGUCAAAUACCUGUUUUCAGACAAGACAGGAACAUUGACGUGCAAUGUCAUGAGCUUCAAAAAGUGUACAAUCGGUGGGAUCGCAUACGGUCAUCACCCAGACUCGGAUACAGAACGCUCUUCUGAUGAUUUGGGCCAUUUCACUUCCUCCUUUGAGUUGUCUGAAUUUGAUGAUCCAACGUUGCUGGAACACAUCCACAAUAACCACCCAACAUCCAGCCAGAUCCAGGAGUUUUUCAUCAUGAUGGCGAUUUGCCACACAGUAGUUCCCGAGAGAGAUGGUGACCAUAUUACCUACCAGGCAUCCUCUCCAGAUGAAAAUGCGCUGGUGAAAGCAGCGAAGGCCUUUGGAUUCGUCUUCACUGGAAGGACUCCCCGGUCGGUCAUCAUAGAGGCCAUGGGAGAAGAAAGGAUGUAUGAGGUCCUUAAUGUUCUGGAGUUUUCCAGCAACAGGAAGCGAAUGUCUGUGAUUGUUCGAAUGCCGUCGGGGAAGAUACGGCUGUACUGCAAGGGAGCAGACAACGUGAUUUUUCAAAGACUUGCUGAAAAUUCAAUGUACGGAGAGCAGACACUAAAUCACCUGCAACAGUUUGCUACAGAUGGCUUGCGUACAUUGUGUUUUGCAUACACUGACUUGACUAACGAAGCCUAUGAUGUUUGGCAGAAAAAACAUAACAAAGUCACAACAUCUCUUCAGGAUAAGACCACCAAGAUGGAGGAGUCUUUUGAGCUGAUAGAAACAAACCUGAUGCUCCUCGGUGCCUCUGCCAUUGAGGAUCGCCUCCAGACUGGCGUCCCUGAAGCCAUCACCACUCUACUGAAGGCUGAAAUCAAGAUCUGGGUCCUGACGGGAGACAAACAAGAAACUGCCAUCAAUAUAGGCUAUUCCUGCCGACUUGUGUCCCAGAAUAUGUCGCUGAUUUUGCUGAACGAAGAUUCUUUGGAUGCAACCAGGGCAACAAUAACUCGGCACUGUAUCGACCUGGGGGAGUGCUUGAACAAAGAGAACGAUGUUGCCCUGAUCGUUGAUGGCCACACCCUGAAGUAUGCACUGUCGUUUGAAGUUCGCCAGUCAUUCUUGGAUUUAGCUCUGUCUUGCAAAGCUGUCAUCUGCUGCAGAGUCUCUCCUCUUCAAAAAUCCGAGAUUGUCGAGAUGGUGAAGAAGCACGUCAACGCCAUCACUCUUGCCAUCGGAGACGGCGCCAACGAUGUGGGGAUGAUUCAGGCAGCACAUGUCGGAGUAGGGAUCAGCGGCAAUGAGGGCAUGCAGGCCACCAAUUCCUCCGAUUACUCCAUAGCACAGUUUUCAUAUUUAGAAAACCUUUUGUUAGUCCAUGGAGCCUGGAGUUACAACCGAGUGACAAAGUGCAUCCUCUAUUGUUUUUACAAAAAUGUGGUCCUGUACAUAAUUGAGCUUUGGUUUGCGUUUGUCAAUGGGUUUUCAGGACAGAUUCUCUUUGAGAGAUGGUGUAUCGGGCUGUACAAUGUGAUAUUCACUGCCUUACCUCCCCUCGCACUGGGCAUCUUUGAGAGGAUGUGCACUAAGGAGAGUAUGCUGCGCUUCCCACAGCUGUACAAAAUUACACAGAAUGCAGAUGGCUUCAAUACAAAGGUUUUCUGGGGUCACUGCAUGAAUGCCUUGUUCCAUUCCGUUAUUCUCUUCUGGUUUCCACUGCAGGCACUUGAACAAGAUGCAGCUUUUGUGAAUGGGCAGGUUCCAGAUUAUUUAUUUAUUGGGAAUAUUGUUUAUACAUAUGUUGUUAUAACCGUGUGUUUGAAAGCUGGCUUAGAAACGACAGCUUGGACAAAGUUCAGUCACUUGGCUGUAUGGGGCAGCAUAGCACUGUGGCUGGUAUUCUUUGGAGUCUACUCUGUCUUCUGGCCCACGUUUCCUAUCGCACCAGAUAUGCUCGGGCAGGCCUGGAUGGUGGUUAAUUGCGGGAUCUUCUGGCUGGGUCUGUUUCUGGUGCCCACUGCAUGUCUGAUAAAAGAUUUGGCGUGGAGAGCGGGCUUUCAUACCUGUCGGAAAAGCUUGCUGCAGGAGGUUCAGGAACUGGAAGCUGUGUCUCAAGAUCCGGGGAAAGCUGUGCUCCGCGGUGUCAACGGGAAGAGUCUGAAUGAACGUGCUUACCUGCUAAAGAGAGUGUUCAAGAAACACCCUUCCAACCUCAGCCACAGCAACUCAAUCCAACAAGGUGUUUCACAUGGUUAUGCAUUUUCUCAAGAGGAAUAUGGUGUGGUUUCACAGUCAGAACUCGUCCGAUCAUACGACACCACCAAAAACAAGGUUGAUGCAGAGUAAGCAGCGUUACCGUACUUCGGACUGGUGAAAGCGUGUAAGAUAUCUAAGUGCAUCAGCCAUCAAUACAGACCAUAAUCAGCAGCAGCCAAAAGAACGGGAUCCUCAUUUCUGUGGCCUUAGCCAACCAGCUUGACUUUUAUUUAUUCUCGCACUGACCUCUACCGACUCAAAUCGAAUGCUGUAAGAAAAUUAUUUUUGUGUUGCCGUUGAGUUUAGAUCGUUUAAUGAUGUCUGAUUGUAGGUGCUUGUGAGAAAUCCACUCAUUUAACACAGUACCGUAUCUACUGCAGAACCCAAUGGAACUGUUGGAACUCUGGCUCCCCCAAAACAAAUUCCAAAAUAUCUCCAGUUGGCUGACUUUCUUUGUAAUUGAGUUGGAGGGAUGUGUCGAAUGGAGCAAAUGCUGUAUGUAUUUAUCUCAUUUGAUCCACUCAAAAAGGUUGAAGACUGUAUUCAAUUGCCCAUUCGGAAGUGGGAGAUGUAAAAUAAAAGGGGAGGCAGGGUGGCACAUAAGCCCUCCCUGGUGGAAGUUACUGCAUGCCUAAGUGAGAUGUUGUGCAUGCUGGGGCAAAACAAUUAUAAAUCACGUACAUGGCUUGUCAAUUGAACGUGCAGUGCAGUAUCUGAUGUAAAGUAGCUGGUUACUCACACUAUAGGAUGCUGAGAUCGGAUCCGAUGCUCAGGCUUGUAAUGAACCCUUUUGGAUCAGCUUCCCGAAUUCUCUCUUGUAUCCUCUGUUAUAACACCUGCAGUGAUGAUUCUUUGUCACAUCCUGAUGCAGCUUUCACGUCACAUCUGAAAUGUUAAAAUCAGGCUAAAUCAAAGGUUCUUCAUUCACAAUAGUCUGUAUGAGGAGAGGGGGAGACUUUAUUAUUUUUAAUUUAAUAUGGGACGCUCUGCAUAUUGGAAAGGUAACGAGUGUUGGAUCGCUGUGUUGCGUAGCUGAGUGAGUGAGAUUCCACCCUUGGCUGCACGCCUGAGAUGCACUGGCCAGAGAGAAGCAGAGUUUGUGCAGGCUGCUUUCUCAUGUCUGUUCCACCCACCCACCUGCCCGGGACCUGUGCUGUACUCGCAGAGAGCACACAAGAGGAAAGAUAGCAAAUAAGAAGCAUUUGUUUCCUUUAACACAAAAGAAUGAUUCAACACUGGAAUGCCCUUAUAAUUUUAGUUCCGAAUUGGAGAUUUUGUGGGCAUUUGCCUACAAAUAUACACAGUACCUACACUUCACAGAAUAUACUAU